AUGGUUCUACCGCAGACCAAGCCGAAAGCCGGAGACAAGUACCGCGCGCCGAAGACCGAGCUGGACGUAACGGGCUACCCUAUUGCCCCAGAAGGGCUGAAUCUGGAGCAGGUACAUGUGUACAUGAGGCAUGGCGAAAGGACUCCCGUAUCCACGCGCAUGACCGAAUUCAUCCCGGAACGCUGGCUGAUGUGCUCGCAAGCCCGACGCUUCAAUGCAACGGUCGGCGACACGAACAACUCUACGUCUGCACUGGACAUUACCCGAAUCGUCGAGCGACCAGACGGGCGCUCUGUUGCAGGAGAAUGCUUCUUGGGCGAGUUGACGGAUAUCGGAAGAGCUUCUACCCUCGCAUUCGGCACAGCCCUUAGGCGACUCUACGUAGAGAGACUGGGUUUCUUGCCAGACGUUCUGAACGACUCGACAUCUGUAUACUACCGGUCGACAAAUAUGCCGAGAACGAUAGAAUCCCUACAGCAGGCCAUCCACGGCUUGUAUCCCAUGUCGAAGUGCGACCCAGAUACAACACACACCCUUCGUGUCCGCAACGGACGCGAGGAGAACUUGAUCGGCAAUACCCUCGGCUGCAAGCGCCUCGAGACUUUACUCAUCAACUUCGCUAAUGCUGCCGCUUCUGCGUACAACCCCACGCUUGAGCCUUUGGAUAAGAAAGUGGCCAAAUACCUCGGCGACAACCCCAUUCGUGUGGAUGGCAAACCGCGGGCAUCGGGGGUGUUGGACACAAUACGUGCUGCAAUGGCACAUGAGAUGAAAGUCCCGCCGGAAUUCGAGGAACGGGCCGUCACGUCGACCAUAGAGCGCGCUGUGGUGAAUGAAUGGUUUUCGGGCUGUAAGAGUCUCAACCAAUCGGCGAUGAAUCCCACCCACGAUACCGGCCUCGCUGCGCUGCUGAAUACGCUAGAUGUCUUCGACGAUAGGUGGCCAGGCUUCACAGCAUCCAUCACGUUCGAACUGUUCAAGGCGACUAAGAAGACAGAGACUGUCGCUCCGCCCAGCGACAGUGCGACGACGGAUGCACGCCCUGCCCCCGGCCCCGGUUACUUACAGACCGUCCUUUCCUCGCCCUUUAGGCGUCGCUCGGCAGAAGCAUACUACGUGCGUGCGCGGUACUCCAACCGAAAUCUUGUCCUGCCAUCGUGUGCAGAGGAGGGGAAGCACCUCCCGGGCUCCCCUGAAUUCUGCACGCUCGAAGCAUUCACGGAGCGUACAAGACCUUUUGAUCAGGACAUUAAUCGCGUAUAA